AUGACUGCAACUAAAACAGGGUUUGUGCUCGGAAAAUCAAGGUUGGCACCUUCAAACACAACCAGUCCACGCUUAGAGUUGUGUGCAGCAGUUUUGGCCACUGAGGUAGCAGAAAUUAUCUCGGAGAAUCUUGAUUAUCCCAUGGAGAGAUUCAUUUUUCAUUCUGACAGCAUAGUUGUUCUCGGGUAUUUGAACAAUCAGUCUAGAAGAUUUUACACAAACGUAGCCAACAGAGUACAAAUCAUCUUGAAACGCACUAAUGUCCACCAGUGGAACUAUGUACAUGCAUCAAACAACCCAGCAAGUCUCGCAACACGUUGUGCGACACCUGCCAAGAAAUGGGAUGCAAUUCACCAUCAGGGUAGACAUUAUACAGAGGGAGCCAUACGAAAUCAUGGCUAUUGGAUAGUCGGGGUGAAACGUUUAGUAUCCAGCAUCAUUUACCAGUGCGUUACUUGCCGGCGCUUGCGUGGUAACUUUGUGAAUCAACAGAUGGCCAACCUUCCUGAAGAUAGACUUACCCCAGGACCUCCAUUCACAUACGUUGGUGUGGAUACCUUCGGACCGUGGCCAGUUGUGACACGGCGUACCAGAGGAGGGAUUGCAGAGAGCAAACGAUGGGCCAUCAUAUUUGUUUGCUUAGUCACCAGAGCAUCUCAUAUAGAAGUGAUCGAGGACAUGAGUAGCUCAGACUUUAUAAACGCUCUACGACGAUUCAUCUCUGUACGGGGACCUGUGAAAGAAUUUCGAUCUGAUCGCGGAACCAAUUUUGUUGGUGCUUUGAAGGACAUUUAA